AUGCUAGAGAAGCUACUGUCAGUACAUUUGCUGCGCCUUAAAGGUCAAGAAUUGGAUUAUUCUGUUGAGACGAGUCUUAAUCCAUUGUCACCUCUGGUGUCGACAAAGUUGUCUCCAUUACCUAAACUACCAUUGAUUGGUCACAUCGCAGAGCCAUUAGAGGGCUCCCUAUCGGAGCCAUUUGUGAAAGCAGUGGUCGUACUUCGGGGUAACGGUAUUACACACGGAGUCAUUCAUUUGGUUCAAGUGGGCGGCGGAGCGACUCAUAUAUCGGGAGCUAUCAUAGGAUUGACUCCACUUUAUUCCCAUGGAUUUCAUUUCCACGAAAAGCCGGUAUCGUUUGGCUGUGAGAGCGCUGGAGAGCACUAUAACCCGACCCAUCAAACACACGGCGGACCCAAUGAGCCCAACGCCCACAAGCCUCUAGAGCCGUUAUAA